UCUAUUUACUGUUAUGGAUCCUAACUCAUCUAUUAUUACUGAUCCUAAUAUAUCUAUUGUUAUAGAUUCUGAAAACAUUGCUUAUUAUAAUAAUGAAAAUGAAAUAUAUGAUGCAUUGCCCUCUUCAGAAUUAGAGACUAAUUCAACAUCAAUUUCAUCAAUCUUGACUAACAAUAAAAGAAAACCAUCACUCUUAUGGUCUUAUUUUGAAUUUAAAGAUGAAGAACCUAAUAACCCAAUAUGCAAGAAAUGUAAAGCCAAAUUUUCAGAUAAAACUGGAAACUCGAGAGUAAAUAUAGCAAAUGAAAUUAAUAGAGUCUUUGUAGAAUUUAAUCUUCUGGAUAAAAAAUUGACCCUUACCACUAAUAACAAAUCAGCCAUGCUAGUUUGUGAGUGGGUCUUGGCAAAUAGCUUACUAACAGAAUUGAAUGAUCAAAACUUUCAUCAUUAUAGAUAUACUGCACAUGUAUUAAAUCUAGCUGCAUGUCAUGAGUUAGAGAUUAUUGAAAAAGAAAUUACUAAUAUGCAUGCAUUAAUGUUAAAAAUUAAAGUAUUAACAAAACUAUAUGACGAAUUAAAAGAUCUAUGUGCUGUGCAGAAUGAAUAUAAGAAUAUAAUCGAUAAUGCAACAACUGUUACAACUAUUCUUGACCUGCAAAUGAAGCUUUCACUAUUUGAAGUCAAACAACAAACCUCUAAUGCAAUUAGUAAAAUUAGAGAAAUAUUUGGUCAAUAUUUUAUAUCUAACGAAUUAACUCACCUGCCACCUCAUGUUAUAAAUAAUGUUGAUACAGCUCAUCAAUACUUUUAUGCACUUAAACAAUAUUACACAGAACAAAUUUCUGAAACAAGGCAAAAGCCAGCCAAUAAGCUAGAAUGA